GUUCGCGCCCCGCCAGCCCCGGGCCGCAGCGCAUUAUGCAAAGCGGAGGCAGAUGCGCGCGGGGCCGGCCGGGCGCGCGGCGGCCUCCUCUCUCAGCGGCUCGCCCCGCCGCCUGACUUGCCUGGGAGGCUCCCCUCGCCCGGGCCGGGGGCCGAGGAGGGCCGUGAUGGCCUGACUGCUCGAGGCGCAGCGGCAGCGCAGCAGCGGGAGUACAACAUGGGGAACCAGGAUGGGAAGCUGAAGAGGAGCGCAGGUGAUGCCUUGCACGAAGGCGGCGGCGGCGCCGAGGAUGCUGUUGGGCCCAGAGAUGUGGAAGCCACAAAGAAGGGGAGCGGGGGCAAGAAGGCGCUGGGCAAGCACGGCAAAGGGGGAGGGGGCGGCGGCGGCGGUGGCGGUGGCGGCGGCGGCGGGGAGCCGGGCAAGAAGAAGAGCAAGUCGGACUCCAGAGCCUCGGUGUUUUCCAACCUGCGGAUCAGGAAGAACCUGUCCAAGGGAAAAGGCGCCGGCGGCUCCCGCGAGGAUGUGCUGGACGUCCAGGCCCUGCAGACCGGGGAGCUGGACAGCGCUCACUCCCUGGCCACCAAGACCCCGGACCUCAGCCUCUCGGCGGAUGAGACAGGCCUGUCGGAUACCGAGUGUGCCGACCCUUUUGAGGUGACCCGUCCAGGUGGCCCGGGGCCAGCCGAGGCUGGGGCCGGGGGCCGGGCGGUCGCUGGGGAUUUGGAAGCUGCGGCAGGGGCGCAGGAUGGACAAAGGACCAGUUCAGGCUCGGACACGGACAUCUAUAGCUUUCACUCGGCUACCGAACAGGAGGAUUUGCUCUCAGACAUCCAGCAGGCGAUCCGCCUGCAGCAGCAGCAGCAGCUCCAGCAGCAGCUGCAGCUCCAGGGCUCCGAGGAGCCUGCAGCGCCCCCCACCGCCGCCUCCCCCCAGCCUGGGGCCUUCUUGGGCCUGGACCAGUUCCUGCUGGGGCCGAGCAGCGCAGCCGGGGAGGCCCCAGGCAGUCCAGACACGGAGCAGGCGCUGUCCGCGCUCUCCGACCUGCCCGAGAGCCUGGCUGCCGAGCCCCCGCUGCCCGAGCAGCCGCAGCCCCCCGGCGCCCACGGAGCCUCGGAGGCGCCCGGCCUGCCGGCGGCCCAGCCCGCGACCGCAGACUCGCCCUCGUCCACCGCCUUCCCCUUCCCCGAGUCCGUACCUGGCGAGGGCGCUGCCGGAGCCCCUGUGCGCGGGGCUGGGGACACGGAUGAGGACGGCGAGGAGGAUGCUUUUGAGGAUGCCCCCCGAGGCUCUCCGGGGGAAGAGUGGGGCCUGGAGCGGGGAGAGGCCCCGCAGAGGCUGGGGGCAGAGCCCGAGGAUGGGGCGCGAGGGCCCGGCGCCCCCGCGGCCGCCUCCCUGCCCGGCAGCCCCGCACCCAGCCCGCGCUGCUUCAAGCCCUACCCGCUCAUCACCCCCUGCUACAUCAAGACCACCACCCGGCAGCUCAGCUCGCCCAACCACUCUCCGAACCAGUCCCCCAGCCAGAGCCCCAGGAUCAAGAGGCGGCUGGAGUCCUCCCUGAGCCGGGGGCCCCGAGCUGCCCUCGCCUCCGCGGCCGCCCCGGCCAAGAAGCAGCGGGCGGACGGCGGCCUCGCCGGCGGCCUGAGCCGCUCGGCCGACUGGACGGAGGAGCUGGGCGCCCGCGCGCCGCGGCCCGGGGGCUCGGCGCACCUGCUGGAGCGCGCGGCCGGACCCCCCAGCGGCGGAGGGGCGCCCCCCGCGCGAGCCCAGGCGCCCGCCGACGGCUUCCAGAACGUGUUCACAGGGCGAACUCUGUUGGAGAAGCUGUUCAGCCAGCAGGAGAACGGGCCCCCAGAAGAAGCGGAGAAGUUUUGCUCCCGGAUCAUCGCUAUGGGCCUUCUGCUGCCUUUCAGCGACUGCUUCAGGGAGCCGUGUCGUCAGAACGCCCCAUCGAGUUCCGCUCCGUUUGAUCAAGAUCAACUUUACACCUGGGCUGCAGUUAGUCAGCCCACACACUCACUGGAUUGCACAGAAGGGCAGUUUCCCAGGCGAGUCCCGUCUGUCUGGCCGCCGUCUGGACCUCCUGAUGAAGAACACGGGCCCACGGCUGCUCACGCAGAAUCUCAAUCUGCUGUUUUGGAGACUCCAAGAAAAAGUUCAGAUGCCGUUCAACAGGAAGUUUUUGACAUGAGGUCUGAGGGACAGGCAACUGUAAUUCAGCAGCUGGAACAGACCAUUGAGGAUCUGAGGACCAAAAUAGCUGAACUAGAGAAGCACUACCCCACUGUGGACAUGGAGAUGACCAGUGGCCGUCAUGGGAUUCAGAAUGGCUUGGCACCCUCAGAAGAUGUGUGUCUUGAAGCUCUCAGGUUAGGAGAAAAGGAUGUACAGCAUCAAAGGAUUUUACAGGCAAAGUCAAUCCAGACAUCUCCAACAGAAGAGGGCGGAAUACCGACACUACCUUCUGUUGAUGCACUGCCUGCGUCUCCUCCGUGCCCACCUGGGGCUGAACAUGGAGACUCUGCUGUGCCUUCCUCUCCUUCUGGACCUCAGACAAAAUUCUGUUCAGAGAUUUCUUUGAUUGUGUCUCCAAGGCGAAUAUCGGUACAGCUUGACGCACAUCAGUCCAUUCAGCCUUCACCACCUCCAUCCCUUCCAUGUUCUGACGGUCAAGGACAGGCUGGGUCACAGCCUUCCCAUCCUUCUCUUCAUACUGAGUUUGAAACCAGCCAUGAACACUAUGUUUUCUCCUCCUUUGAAAACGGCUGUAACAUCCCACCCCCACCACCUCUGCCUUGCACAGAGUCCUCCAGCUCCCUGCCUGGCCUGGGCAUGGCGGUUCCCCCGCCUCCCCCUCUCCCUGGCAUGACAGGGCCUGCUCUGCCCAGUGCAGCAAUCCCUUCCCCUCCUCCUCUACCUAGUACAGAAAUGCUGCCACCCCCUCCCCCACCUUUGCCUGGUGAGGGAAUACCUCCUCCCCCACCUCUUCCUGGAAUGGGAAUACCUUCUCCCCCUCCUCUUCCUGGAAUGGGAAUACCUCCUCCCCCUCCUCUUCCUGGAAUGGGAAUACCUUCUCCCCCUCCUCUUCCUGGAAUGGGAAUACCUCCUCCCCCACCUCUUCCUGGAAUGGGAAUACCUUCUCCCCCUCCUCUUCCUGGAAUGGGAAUACCUCCUCCCCCACCUCUUCCUGGAAUGGGAAUACCUUCUCCCCCUCCUCUUCCUGGAAUGGGAAUACCUCCUCCCCCACCUCUUCCCGGAAUGGGAAUACCUCCUCCCCCCCCUCUUCCCGGAGUGGGAAUACCUCCCCCCCCACCUCUUCCCGGAGUGGGAAUACCUCCUCCCCCGCCUCUUCCCGGAGUGGGAAUACCUUCUCCCCCGCCUCUUCCCGGAGGGGGAAUACCUCCUCCCCCGCCUCUUCCCGGAGGGGGAAUACCUCCUCCCCCGCCUCUUCCCGGAGUGGGAAUACCUCCUCCCCCACCUCUUCCCGGAGUGGGAAUACCUCCUCCCCCACCUCUUCCCGGAGUGGGAAUACCUCCUCCCCCACCUCUUCCCGGAGUGGGAAUACCUCCUCCCCCACCUCUUCCCGGAGUGGGAAUACCUCCUCCCCCCCCUCUUCCUGGAGUGGGAAUACCUCCUCCCCCUCCUUUGCCUGGAGUUGGGAUCCCCCCACCUCCUCCUCUGCCAGGUAUGGGGAUUCUUCCUGCUCCAGCUCCCCCUCCCCCUCCUGGAACAGGCAUCCCCCCACCCCCACCACCUCCCCUGCUUCCGGGAUCAGGCCCUCCACCUGCCCCACAAGCUGGGGGUAGCACUUUACCAACGCCACAAGUGUGCGGAUUUCUUCCUCCCCCGUUGCCAACGGGCCUGUUUGGCUUAGGGAUGAACCAGGACAAAGGGAGUAGGAAGCGGCCCAUAGAGCCUUGUCGGCCCAUGAAGCCUCUGUACUGGACGAGGAUUCAGCUGCAGAGCAGAAGAGACUCCAGUCCUUCGCUUAUUUGGGAAAAAAUUGAAGAGCCAUCCAUAGAUUGUCACGAAUUUGAGGAAUUAUUUUCUAAAACUGCUGUGAAGGAGAGGAAGAAACCUAUCUCUGACACCAUCACAAAGACCAAGGCCAAACAAGUUGUCAAGUUAUUAAGCAACAAAAGAUCACAAGCAGUUGGGAUCUUAAUGUCUAGUCUUCAUUUAGAUAUGAAAGACAUACAACAUGCUGUUGUGAACUUGGACAAUUCUGUGGUUGACCUGGAGACCCUUCAAGCUCUCUAUGAGAAUAGAGCACAGUCAGAUGAACUGGAAAAAAUUGAAAAGCACAGCCGGUCCUCCAAAGACAAGGAAAAUGCCAAGUCUCUGGACAAACCUGAGCAGUUCCUUUAUGAACUGUCACUAAUCCCCAACUUUUCAGAGCGAGUCUUUUGCAUCCUGUUCCAGUCCACGUUUUCAGAAAGCAUUUGCUCAAUUCGUCGCAAACUGGAAUUGCUACAGAAGUUGUGCGAGACAUUAGCAAAUGGCGCAGGGGUGACGCAGGUUCUGGGCUUGGUUCUUGCCUUUGGCAACUACAUGAACGGUGGAAAUAAGACCCGGGGACAGGCAGAUGGUUUUGGAUUAGACAUUCUUCCGAAGCUGAAAGAUGUCAAAAGCAGCGACAAUAGCAGAAGCCUUUUGUCAUAUAUCGUUUCCUAUUAUCUUCGAAACUUUGACGAGGAUGCCGGAAAAGAACAGUGUGUCUUUCCACUGCCAGAACCCCAGGACCUUUUCCAGGCCUCGCAGAUGAAGUUUGAAGAUUUUCAAAAAGAUCUCAGAAAACUAAAGAAAGACUUGAAAGCCUGUGAGAUUGAAGCGGGGAAAGUGUACCAGGCGUCCUCGAAAGAGCACAUCCAGCCUUUUAAAGAAAACAUGGAGCAAUUCAUCAUUCAAGCUAAAAUUGACCAAGAGGCAGAGGAGAACUCACUGACAGAGACUCAUAAAUGCUUUUUGGAGACUACAGCCUAUUUCUUCAUGAAACCAAAAAUUGGAGAGAAGGAGGUGUCCCCAAAUGUUUUCUUCAGUAUCUGGCAUGAAUUCAGCUCUGACUUUAAAGAUUUUUGGAAGAAAGAGAACAAACUUAUUCUACAAGAGAGAGUAAGAGAAGCCGAAGAGGUGUGUAGGCAGAAGAAGGGAAAAUCACUUUAUAAAAUAAAACCAAGGCAUGACUCCGGAAUUAAAGCAAAAAUAAGCAUGAAAACCUGAACAAUGAAAAGCAGAACGAAAACGAGUCCCUGCAGCCACUUCCACAACAUUCAGCUGACCUGAGGGCGGGGAGGAACCUGCACCGUUUUGAUCGUCUUUCUUCUUGACCUCUUGCAUAAUCUUUGUGUUUUCUGGACAGUUCACUGAUGGUUGAAUUUUACUGUACAUUCAUAUAAAAAUGCAAAAGCAGUAGACCAGUGGAGAAUUUAACACCUUUUCUUUUUUGUCAAGUUUAUGGUAUUAUACCAAUAGACCAAAACAGCAUGUUGUAAGAGGCAGUAUCUGCAUUCAUUCUGAACAUGCUAAACAUUAACCUGAAAUUUACUUUUGUGGGAUAUUCCUUCUCACAGCAGAACACCUCCCAUUCCACUGACAACCAGUGCUCCCCAUCACUGCGUUUAGACUUAUGGUUACAAUGUUAUUUCUAGUGAAUUGUUUGUAUCAGUUUCAUGUCUACAAUAUAAAUUUUCUAUUUUAAAAUUUAAGUACCAUUUAUAUCUCAUAAUCAAGGCUUUCCCAACUGUUGGGUUGCUCUCCAUAACUAUAUAUUUGUGAAAGAAGAUAAUCAUUUUUUUACUCAAGUCAGAUAAUCAAUAGAAAAAAAUACAGCAGAAGGAAAACCCUUCCCUAUAAAUCAUUUCAUAUAGGCAGGAGCCAGAGUUUUAAGUUUAAUGAAGGCUUUCAUCAGACUUCGUUCUUUGAGAACAGAAUUGCAGCAAAAGUAAAUUGAACUAAAGAUUUUCCACUCUAUAGCAUUUACCAUUGCCCUUCACAAAGAAAACAUGACAAUAUUUUGAAGGAAUUUAAAUAAAUGAUGCUCAUAAAAUUGCCAAACAUGACUAAUUAUUGGCAAAAAAUGAUAAUAAUAAGGUUUUGGAUGGAUUGGAAUCUCUCUGGAACCUCUUCAUUAAACAUACCUGCCUGAGUGUUGUGACAUGGCUGGGGUUGGCUUGAUGUGUUACGGCAGGUGAUUCAAAGCUGUAAAAUGAGUAUGUCGUGAUUCAGUGUCUCAAGGAGGCUAGGAAAGCAUUUUAUUUUACUUUACUUUGAGGGAGGAAAAGUGUAUCUCUCACUCUUUCUGAGAGUUCUUUAAAGUCAGCUCAUGAUGCAUUGCGAUGGUUCUGUCUAACAUUAAUGGCUUGUUUUUUUGAUUCUUUUAAUGAUAUUUGUUGGGAGUUAUGGUUGUGGACACAGAGGAGAAUUUAUUGCUAUUGAAAACCAAUUAUGGAAAGCAACUUAAAAUUUUAGAACAUGUUCUGAAUCAUAACUUUGUUUGUAUUUAUGUAAAAUAUGGUCUCUUACCUUUUAGUUUGUAGUUUAAGUGCAAAGGAACAGUAGUGGUUUUUUAGUUGUUGUUUUGUAGUUUUCCUGUCCCCUUCAGGCUCUUCAAUGUGUAUAUUACCAUCCUUCAAUGAAAUAAUAGGGCAUUUAACAAAGAUCGCUAUGUGCAAUACUGUAUUUAGUGUUUCUAUUUCAAUUUUUCUAGGAUGUUAAUUUAUAUGAAAAUAAAAUGAAUAAUAAAAGA